AUGUCUGGUAGAUUUUUAUGCUCUUUCGCCAACUCUGAAGAAGUCAAAAAUGUGAAAAGUUUACAGACAGAUGAUGAACAACAGUUCCUUGCACUACCUACACUGUACAUCACCGAGGGAGACGGACAGGGAACUACAUGUACAUGUUACAUCACCGAGGGAGAGGGACAGGGAACUACAUGUACAUGUUACAUCACCGAGGGAGAGGGACAGGGAACUACAUGUACAUGUUACAUCACCGAGGGAGAGGGACAGGGAACUAUAUGUACAUGUUACAUAACCGAGGGAGAGGGACAGGGAACUAUAUGUACAUGUUACAUCACCGAGGGAGAGGGACAGGGAACUAUAUGUACAUGUUACAUCACCGAGGGAGAGGGACAGGGAACUAUAUGUACAUGUUACAUCACCGAGGGAGAGGGACAGGGAACUAUAUGUACAUGUUACAUCACCGAGGGAGAGGGACAGGGAACUACCGGUACAUGUUACAUCACCGAGGGAGAGGGACAGGGAACUACAAGUACAUGUUACAUCACCGAGGGAGAGGGACAGGGAACUACAAGUACAUGUUACAUCACCGAGGGAGAGGGACAGGGAACUACAAGGAGAGGGACAGGGAACUAUAUGUACAUGUUACAUCACCGAAUAAGAGAGGGACAGGGAACUAUAUGUACAUGUUACAUCACCGAGGGAGAGGGACAGGGAACUAUAUGUACAUGUUACAUCACCAAGGGAGAGGGACAGGGAACUAUAUGUACAUGUUACAUCACCGAGGGAGAGGGACAGGGAACUACAGGUACAUGUUACAUCACCGAGGGAGAGGGACAUGGAACUACAAGUACAUGUUACAUCACCGAGGGGGAGGGACAGGGAACUAUAUGUACAUGUUACAUCACCGAGGGAGAGGGACAGGGAACUACAGGUACAUGUUACAUCACCGAGGGAGAGGGACAUGGAACUACAAGUACAUGUUACAUCACCGAGGGGGAGGGACAGGGAACUAUAUGUACAUGUUACAUCACCGAGGGAGAGGGACAGGGAACUAUAUGUACAUGUUACAUCACCGAGGGAGAGGGACAGGGAACUAUAUGUACAUGUUACAUCACCGAGGGGGAGGGACAGGGAACUAUAUGUACAUGUUACAUAACCGAGGGAGAGGGACAGGGAACUAUAUGUACAUGUUACAUAACCGAGGGAGAGGAACAGGGAACUAUAUGUACAUGUUACAUCACCGAGGGGGAGGGACAGGGAACUACAAGUACAUGUUACAUCACCGAGGGAGAGGGACAGGGAACUACAAGUACAUGUUACAUCACCGAGGGAGAGGGACAGGGAACUACAAGUACAUGUUACAUCACCGAGGGGGAGGGACAGGGAACUAUAUGUACAUGUUACAUCACCGAGGGAGAGGGACAGGGAACUAUAUGUACAUGUUACAUAACCGAGGGAGAGGGACAGGGAACUAUAUGUACAUGUUACAUCACCGAGGGGGAGGGACAGGGAACUAUAUGUACAUGUUACAUAACCGAGGGAGAGGGACAGGGAACUAUAUGUACAUGUUAUAUAACCGAGGGAGAGGAACAGGGAACUAUAUGUACAUGUUACAUCACCGAGGGGGAGGGACAGGGAACUACAAGUACAUGUUACAUCACCGAGGGGGAGGGACAGGGAACUACAGGUACAUGUUACAUCACCGAGGGGGGGGGGGGGGGACAGGGAACUACAAGUACAUGUUACAUCACCGAGGGAGAGGGACAGGGAACUAUAUGUACAUGUUACAUCACCGAGGGGGAGGGACAGGGAACUAUAUGUACAUGUUACAUAACCGAGGGAGAGGGACAGGGAACUAUAUGUACAUGUUACAUAACCGAGGGACAGGGACAGGGAACUAUAUGUACAUGUUACAUCACCGAGGGGGAGGGACAGGGAACUACAAGUACAUGUUACAUCACCGAGGGGGAGGGACAGGGAACUACAGAGGGACAGGGAACUAUAUGUACAUGUUACAUCACCGAGGGAGAGGGACAGGGAACUAUAUGUACAUGUUACAUCACCGAGGGAGAGGGACAGGGAACUAUAUGUACAUGUUACAUCACCGAGGGAGAGGGACAGGGAACUACAGGUACAUGUUACAUCACCGAGGGAGAGGGACAGGGAACUACAAGUACAUGUUACAUCACCGAGGGAGAGGGACAGGGAACUACAGGUACAUGUUACAUCACCGAGGGGGAGGGACAGGGAACUACAGGUACAUGUUGCUGCAUGUACGUGCCUGGAGAUCGAGGCAUAAAUUGUGAUUAUUUAUGA